GUUGCUGUUUGUAGUGGGCAGUCCUAUGAAGAACCAUGAGCUGGACUUGUCCGCGGUGUCAGCAAUCAGUUUACUUCGCUGAGAAAGUCAGCUCCAUAGGCAAGAACUGGCACCGUUUCUGCCUGAAAUGUGAGCACUGCCACAGCAUCUUGUCCCCUGGCGGGCAUGCAGAGCACAACGGGAGGCCAUACUGCCACAAGCCUUGCUAUGGGGCUCUCUUUGGACCUAGAGGGGUCAACAUUGGUGGUGUGGGUUGCUAUCCCUACAGUCCUCCAGCUCCCUCCUCUGCCAGCAGCGUUUCCCUCAGCCCCAGCAACUUUAGCCCCCCUAGGCCAAGGGCUGGCCUCCCCCAGGCCAAGAAAAGCCUUCCCUACACGAAGACAUUCACUGGGGAGACCUCACUAUGUCCUGGAUGUGGAGACCCUGUCUAUUUUGCUGAGAAGGUGAUGUCUUUGGGCAGAAAUUGGCACCGGCCCUGCCUGAGGUGCCAGCGUUGCAGGAAGACCUUGACUGCUGGGAGCCACGCAGAGCAUGACGGCAUACCCUACUGUCACAUCCCCUGCUAUGGAUACCUGUUUGGCCCCAAAGGUGUGAACAUUGGCAAUGUGGGUUGCUACAUCUAUGACCCAGUGGAGAUAAGACCUAAAUGAGCCAUUCAUGGGAGUGAUCAUCCUAACUCUGGCUUCCCACCCUCUCCUUCAUGACCCAGUGGAGAUAAGACCUAAAUGAGCCAUUCAUGGGAGUGAUCAUCCUAACUCUGGCUUCCCACCCUCUCCUUCAUGGUCCAGUGGAGAUAAGACCUAAAUGAGCCAUUCAUGGGAGUGAUCAUCCUAACUCUGGCUUCCCACC